AUGGAGAAAUACGUGAAAGUUCGCAAAAUUGGACAAGGAAGUUAUGGAUGUGCGUACUUGGCAACUCGUAAGACUGAUGUUAAGAAUGAGACGAGUAAACAACAAUUAGUGAUCAAGGAGAUUGUACUUGAUCCUCGUGAUCAAGUGACUGCUCAACGUGAAGCUCGUUUACUUGCAGCGUUGGAUCAUCCGAAUAUUGUGGCGUGUAAAGAAAGUUUUCUACUUAAGCGAGAACCUUCCCACGCACUUGCAGUCGGACGAGCACAACAAAGUCCUACAGUCUUUUGUAUCGUGACAGAAUUUGCUGAUGGUGGGGACUUAAGUCAAGAUCUUGUACGACGUCAACGUCGUCGUAAAUAUUAUGAACCGGAUGAACUUUUAGGUCUUUUCGUUCAAGUUUGUUUAGCUUUGAAACAUCUUCAUGAUCGUAAAAUUUUACAUCGAGAUGUUAAACCUGCUAACAUUUUCUUGACAAAAACUGGCGUCGUGAAGCUUGGCGAUCUUGGCGUUGCAACCGUUUUAAGUCAUACGUUAGCAAGUUGUCAAACGUCAAUUGGUACACCGUAUUAUACAGCACCUGAAAUUUGUUUAAACAAGCGAUAUAAUGCUAAAGCAGACGUUUGGAGUCUCGGAUGUGUUUUAUUUGAAAUGGCAUCGUUUGCUCAUGUGUUUGAUGGUCGAAGUCAACGUCAAUUAUUUGACAAUAUCAUUCAUGGAGCAACACCACACGUUCGAGUGUUUGGUCACUUGACUAGCAUUCAACAAGAUCUUCAAUUGUUAAUUAAUGAUAUGCUUCAAAAAGAACCUCGAGCACGUCCAAGUGUGAAUCAAGUGAUUCGUCGACCGCUUGUUUUAGCACGAAUUCAAACGUUUUUAUCUGCUCAUGCAUUAGCUUUGGAAAUGAAUCAUACCGUUUUACAUGGUGAACAUGUGUUUCGAAAGAUAUCUUCUCGUGAUUCGAAACCUCAUUUAAAUGUUCAUCAAGUCCGUCGUGCCGAACCUGUAGCUUCGAAACCUUUACGAAAUGCUCGAGUGAAACCUCGUAAUACACCAGUUGGUCGUGGCGCUCUCUUGAAUCCAAAUCGCAAAGCUGUACUUCGACGUAGUCGUCCAGUUCCAGGUUUUCGAGAACCGAAUGGAAUUGUUGGAAAGCAGCGUAUGAAAUCAAAGCCUGUACAUCAAUUGAAUGGUUUAAUGAAAGGUAAAGUUCAAGCGAAUGAAGCGAUUGCAGCUCUUCCUGAUCCACCGAGUGUAAUUCCGAAAGAAAUUGAACAAACGAAUGUUUCGGAACGUAUUGCUGCUUUUAAUUCAAAGUGGGCAAUACAGAAAGAAGAACUAGUAAAAAAGCUUCCUCCUCCUGCUCCUUCAAAGAUUGUAAAUGGUUUAAAACAAGGACAAGCAGCGAUUCGAGGAUAUCCGAAGCCAGUGAUUCUUCGAAUGAGUCGAAAGACACCAAUAACAAGGAAACACUCUUCACCUCGAAAUCCUAAACCAAAGACAAUUCAAUCUCGUGUGAUUGCUACACCCUCAUUACAACGUGUAGAAUCUCAACGUAAACGUCAAGUACAAGCUAAAAAACCAAUUGUAGCUUGUCCACUCGAUGAUUCAGUUCUUCUUGUCCAACAACUUCCAGAUGUCAAGACGAUCGAAUCGUUAGAAACUCAUGACGAACAAGAAUCAACAUCGUUACCAAUGAUGGCAAACCUUGAGUUUGAACGGAUGGUUUUACAACUAAAAAGUGCGAUUAAUGAAGAUACUACAAGUGAAGAGGAGGAAGAAAAUCUAAUCGAAGACAUUGAUAAUAGUCUUCCACCUCCUUAUUCUUCUUCAUCAGCAUUGGAAUCUUUACGUGUUUCUAUUCUUCAAGACCCAAGUUUUCGUCUAGCACUUCAAAAGAGUCUACAAUCAAAUAUUCUCGAACCUUUGAAUCAAGAUGAAGCACAAGCUACGCUUCAUUAUAUGCACACAUACAUCACUUCAUUACGUUAA